UCCUAGCCAUUGCCAUAAAUGCCACUGAGCCAACGCGCUCGAUCAUUAGUUGCGCUCGAUACUCAGGCGGAGAAAUGUGCAAAAUAAGAAAAGAAAUUGUUGGUUUGAUCUUGCUGAUUGGAGCGCAGAGUGCGUUUGCGCAAUGGUCGAAUAUUUGCGCCGAUGAGGCGGACGGCACGCGUUUGCCGUUGCCGUUGGAUUGCGCCAGAUUCGCUGUGUGCGAGGAGCAAGAAGUUGCCCAGAUUCGCCGCUGUCCACGGGGUCUCCACUUCAAUUCGGAGCUGGGCGAAUGCGACUUCCAGUGGCGUGCCGACUGCACCGGGCUCUUGCUGUUCGGCAAGGCUGUCGUCGAUGAUGAGUGCGUUUGUACGUGCUGUGCCGAGCAGUGUCCCGAUCAGCCGGUGGAGACAACCACACCUUGUGCACCAGUGGAACAGACCACGAAGCCCAGCGGCCCGACCAGCAGCCCGGACUUUGGCGUUACGGAAACGUCGCCCAUUGUGACGACCACCGGGGAGACCACCUUCAAUACGGAUCCCUCUGAGCCUGUUAGUCCACCGGGCGGUGGUGACGGUGACUUGCCUGGCUACUGUAGCGAUGAGCGCCAGGACUGCGUCAAUCAAGCGGACGGAACUCUGCUGCAGAUCUCUGGCGUCUGCACGAAGUUUAUUCAAUGCAACCACGGCUGCUGCACGGAGCAAAGCUGUCCCAGCGGCUUGUACUUCGAUGCCACGCAGAAUGCCUGCAACUAUCCGUGGGAAGUGGACUGCACGCCAGUGAGCACAGACGAUAAUGACGGCGAGCUGGUCGGUCCCUCGGGCACCACUUGCAGCGACCAGAGCGUUUGCGCUGGCCAGCGAGAUGGCAAAAUGUUUGCCGAUCCGAAUACCAAUGGCUACUUCGUCUGCCAGUGCCAGUGUCCGAUUGCCAUGCCCUGCGAUGCCAAUACCAAAUUCAAUCAGACGGCUCAGGUUUGCGACUGGGACACGACAUCGAACUCAGGUGGCGGCGCUCGUCACUGAGCCUGCUGUCCUAUGGAUCCAGAGCAUCAGUUUAUCUUCUGUAUUCGCUCAUAUUUUACUGCCAUGUGGUAUAUAUGACGAUUCAACAAUAAUAAUGACAAUAAUAAUGAUAAUAA